GAUUUGUCGCCGCCUUGUGGGGACUGCUGGCACUGACGCCGUUUAGUAUGUAAUGUUUUUCUCGGAGUAUGAGACAGCGGCGGUGAGUUGCUUCUUCAAACCUUUCACCUCGGAGUUCACGUCGCCUGAAAACACGCAUUUCGGACUGGGGUCGAGCUUGGACACUUGGAACAGGAGGAUAGACGAGUUGAGCCGUCGCUGUUUGUUUAUCUUCAUGGAGUCGUCGGGUCGGAGUUUGCCUCAGCUCUCCGUGGAUUAACAGACGACUUCUAAUCGCUGCGAUAUCAAUUUGAUGUCGGACGGUGUCGCGGAAGCUACUCGGACGAGUUGCUUCUCCUGCGCUGACAUUUCAUUGUUUUGUUUGUUGAGACGUUGAAAUAGUCGGAAUCACCCUGACGGACACUUGUUGAGACACUAUUUACCGAGAGAAAAAAGCGUUGCUAACGAUGCUAACGCUGCACAGUCCAAGUCAUUUUGCAAGCUGAGCGUCUAUUUUAACGCACUUUCCCCACUUUUCAUCUAAAGUCGAAUCGGGCCACUCUUGCGGGGCUCGGUUUUGGCAAAUGGACCGGUGUAGUCUGACAGCAGUUUAGCUGUAGCUGCUGCGUCCACCUCAAACGACAGUUUAGCUUUGACAGCUAAUGUGUUCGGACUAAUGUCGCGCAGCUGAUAUGGAGAAAAUAAGGUGUCGUUCAUCGUGAACUUGCACAAAUCCAAAGAAACCGCAAAUCCACCGCUCUGCUGGUGCUGAUAAGGGCUCGGAGCAACUUUUGUAUUAGACAGUAAUAACGUUAGCUUAGCAACGUUAGCGCCAUAUACGUUCAAAUAACGUCGGGGUGACUCGUGAAGGGACCUAAUGUGUGGUGCUUGGCCACAGUUCUGAUGGAUUCGCCGCUUCGUCCGAUGAGAUACUUUGGGAAGUAGACUCCCGGCGCUCGUGCUGUUUAUCAAAGUAAGUGGAGUUGUGAAAGUGCGGCCCGCGCCAUGUCCAGUUCCCCGGGCACAGGUGGCUCCAACCCCAGGAAGUUCAGCGAGAAGAUCGCCCUGCACAACCAGAAGCAAGCGGAGGAGACGCGGGCAUUCGAGCAGCUGAUGACAGACCUGACGGUGUCGAGGGUGCAGUUUCAGAAAGUUCAGCAGCUCCGCUUGUCUCAAUCCCGAGCGCAGUAUUACGGAGGAUCUUUGCCAAAUGUCAACCAGAUUGGUAACACCAGCACUGAAUUUCAGGGAGGAUUUCCGUCAGGCUUGGACUCCGUCCGAGGAACCCGCCACCAUGGCUUGGUUGAGAGGGUCCACAGAGAUCGCAACCGCAUCAACUCACCCCACCGCCGACCCAUUGACAAGCAUGGACGGCAGAUGGAAAGUUCCCCAUAUGGAACUGUCUACUUGUCACCACCUCCAGACAACAACUGGAGAAGGGAACAGCCACCGUGGACUGAGGAAAAACGGCUUGGGUUUAGAUUAAUAUCUCAGCUCAACAGGACCAACUCUGACUCUGCUCUUCACACGAGUGCUAUGAACCCAAAUCCCCAGGAUCCCUUUGGCAUUAACCAGCAGAUGGGCCGAGCUCCCCCCCAGCGCAAUGCAAGUCUGAAUGAGGCAGAAGUGGAUGGCUCCAGAGAUGUCUUUUCCUUCCCCACCCUGCCCAAUGAGGAGAGUCUAAUUGGCGUCAGUAAGCCCCUUCCUAAGCAGCUGUGGGAGGCCAAGAAGGCCCAGUCCCUGGCAUCAAGGCCUAAAUCAUGUGAAGUGCCUGGAAUAAACAUAUUUCCGUCACCGGAACAGAAUCCAGGCCUGUCCCACUACCAGGGUGCAUUAAAUACUGGCGGCUCCCUGCCCGACCUCAGCAACCUGCACUUUCCUCCCCCUUUAUCCACUCCGCUGGACCCUGAGGACAGCGGUGGCUACCCCAACCUGAGUGGAGGAAGCAGUACCGGAAACCUGCCUGCUGCCAUGAUGCACCUUGGCAUUAGCAACCCUCAGGGCCUUUCGGCCUCUCUGAGCAAUCCCUCCAUCCAGACUUCUCUCAACAACUGCCAGCUACAGUCAUCUCACAGCAAUCCUUCCAUCCACACGUCUCUACGGCUGUCCACCAACACCCCUCGACGACGGCCAGCGCCCGUCAGUCCCCUCACACUUUCCCCUGGUACGGAGCAACGCAGAGGACUCGGCAAGCAGCUGUCCCCCACCAUGUCCCCGUCACUGUCCCCCAUCACACAGGGCGUCGCUCUGGACACCAGCAACAUGCCACGGGAGCCCCCACCCCCCUACCCUCUCUACCAACAACCAAAACACGCUGUGGACCCCAGUCGGCAGUGCCAGCAGCAGCAGCAGCCGCAGCCCAUUUCCCCUCAUCACAACACUGUGCUGGACUUCAACACCAGUCAACACAACAACAUGGCAGGACUGUUCAGCGAUCCGUUGUUAGAGCAGCACUUCUCCAACCGGCAGAGUAAAACUAACCCCUAUCACGAGAUCGACCGUCUGUUGGACAACAUGAUGAGCUCCACAUCCAGCAGUUCCUGCUUCGACCCGUCCUCCUCCUCACUCUUUUACUCCCAGGCAGCUAUAGCAGGGUUGGGGGGCAGCCACGGCAGCCUGCAGGACCCCAUGAACAUGAGGUCCAACAUGUUGUACUCCAACUGCAGUGGUGGGCUGCCGAACAUCAUCCUCACCGACGACUCCAAUCCCAGUCUGUCAAAAGACAUCAGCAACGCUCUGUUCACAGUGCCUGAGUGUUUUGACUCAGAGGGAGGCUUCCCGCUGGAGGAUGAGCUGCGCAUCGAGCCCCUCAGCCUGGACGGUCUGAGCAUGCUCAGUGAUCCAGACAUGGUGCUGCCGGACCCGUCUGUGGAGGACUCGUUCCGCAGCGACAGACUCUGAACCUGAAGCCACAAGUUGAACUCAGACAUUUAUGUACUUCUCUAUAACACACACACACACACACACUCACACUUGCAAAUCUAAAUAUGCAUGAUCUGACUGGCCACUGUGCAUGCAGUCACUGCUUUGAAGAUUCAUAAAUGUGAAAGACAUCCCGAACAUGCACGCACUCUUCUGUGACUUGUGAACAAAUGUUGUUUACUCCCGCAAUGUUAUUCUCAUGUUUCCACCCACUGAGAAGUUGUGACGGAUAGCGUUGCCAAACAUUACUGCGGACGAACCAACUUCACACAGUCCUCAUUUCACGUGAGGAUCAGAAGUCAGGUCCCCUCCUCUCUCCAACACUGGCUCGCAGCCCCUCUAAGGCCGUAGCAACAGCAUCGCCAUGGUAACAAACACCAUAGCAACCCCAUCAGUGAGUGUUGGAGGAGCAGAUAUUGUGCUGGAGGGUCCUGCUGCUGUUGCUGCUGGAGCGGCAGCGUGAGAAAACAAUCAAGAUAGAAUCCGAGUCCAAUAUUUUCCUUUGGAAUUCUUAUGUUUGUAUCAAGCACCAGACUAUUUUUGAAGUGUUUUAAGAGAUGUGUUAAUAAACAAAUACAGUCAGAUUUAGAAUGUAUUUUCUAACUUGAGUCAAAAGGGCAACUGUUUACAAAGAUUUAUGAAUAUAACUAGAGUUUAGAUUUUUCAAUUUCUAAUGCAUAGAAAAACUGAAGGUUAUAUUUUUACUCGAAAAUUGGUUUAAUAGCCCCACCCUCCCUCUGACUGCACUGGGACGCAUCACCUGUCAUCGGAAAAAAAAGAGGAAAUUAGCGUUUUGUUUGUCGUUUUGUUUUUUUUUUUAAUGUGUAACAAUUUUCUACGUUUUACUUCAAGAGUUUUGUACCAAAAUAGUAAUGGCGCUUACUUUGAAUCUCGUCGUGAAUAAGGGCAUGCGCUGUGCUACUGUGUUUCUGCUGCGUUUUGCUUCCUGUGUUUGUGUCUGGGCACUAAAACAACAACCUGUUUCCUCCUGUCGAGUCGGACUGCAACAAUCACGUGGACAUCGGACAUCAUGUAAAAUUGCACUGAAGCUCUUUUGCACUAGUUAUGUCACGUUGUGGAGACAGAUAUUUUUACAUUGGGUUGAGUGUUUUUUUUUUUGUUUUUUUUUAAUGUAACAACCCAAAAAUCAAGGUCACUUUGGUGAGUCAUCUGUGCCAGCAUCAAAUAAGAGAAGUGUUGGGCCUUAAAGUGCUUUUUAUUCCCACAUAUAUGACAAACUGUGGAUUUUCAGGGCAUUGAGUGCCCUUUUUUUUGUCUGAUAAAUCAAAUUGUCACAAUUUAUGAAGCAGUUUCAAGGACUCUUCUUAAAAAAAAGAAUUAAAAAAAAGCGUUCAAACUCGUGCUCUCUAGCUAUGCAACUUGUUUCCCAAGUGAAACCUGUUGAGCAGGUAGAACUUGUACUUUAUGCAGUGUAUUGCAGCCGCCUGCUGGCUUCUAUUGUGUACAGUACACAACCUGAGUGGGUGUGGAUUGAAAUCACAAUAUUACAUGUGUCCAGUGUCCACAGAGUCGGUCUACAGUGAGCUUGUUGUUAAUGCAAUUUCCCUUUUCUCUCAGAAGGUUGCUUUGCGUGUUUAUGGAUUAAAUGAAGAGGGAUGACAGUUAUUUUAUAAAAGAGUUUAUAUCAAAUGUCAGCUAUUUUUUGUGUUGGGUCACUGUGAGUGAUGGAGCCACUUUGCAGUUUCAUGUUUUAGCUUUAAUGCUCUGUAUUUCUUUCCUCUGUCCUGCUGUCGGCUGCCUUACGUCCACACAUGUUCUAUUUUGAUAUAUUGUGGCUUGCAUCUCCUUCUCGCUGCUUAGCUUUAGUCGCCGGGUUCCAGCUUCCUGUGCUGUCUCCUGUCCCUAAAUUGUUUUGGUGUUUUAUUCUCCUUUUUUUAGUUCCAAAUUAAAAUGUACAGUUCUGUUAUUUAAACAUGUUUAUGUCUCUGUUUCCUCCCAAGAUUGAUUCUGUCUUGGUUUGUAACAUAUGUUAUAGUGCUUACCUUUCUGAUUUAAUAUAAACAAUAAACCUUUUAACUGUG